UGAAAAGAAGACUUAGACUUCUAAAAGCAGAAGGUUUUUCAGAGAAGACAAACAGGGAGAGGUGAUGCAGGUUGCAAACUAAAGCUGCUCUGAAGGACUCAGGUCUGGGCUUUUUGUUAAGGCCAUGGAGCAACGUUGACCUGUGGGCAUUGGAAAGCCCUGGAGCAGGCGGCGAUGUAUCUCUUAACAGGCAAAAUAACUGUUGUGAGGAAGAAGCAGCCCCAGAACUCAGCUGGUGCUGUGGCUCUGGAUUAUUUGUCAGAGUCACAGAGCAACCCCGAGUGGGAAGGGACCCACAAACCUCAUCCAGUCCAACUCCAGGCUUCACCAGGAUCAGACAGAAUCCAGACUGUUCAGAUAUUAAAUGCAAUGUCCUAAACUCCUUCAACUGCAGCAGCUCAGGGCUGGGUGGGUGUGAUGGCAAUGCAGUCUGCUGCAUCCGGAACAAAGUGAGCAGGAAAUCCAGCAGGUUUCACCUCACUGCUGUGACAGCUGCAGCAGGCAGAGGAUGUGCUGGAGUGCAGGUGAGCAACUUGAGGUUAGUAUCUAACCCUGUUCUGAGUUAUAACAUCUGUUCUGGUCUCAAGGAGUAUUUAAGUACUUCCUUUCUGCUGGCCAGCUGCCCUGUUGGGCAGAGCUUUUGAAAACAGAUUUAACUGGGAGGAGGGAGAGUUUAAUUUAAUAAGCAAAUACCCCACAGUCUCCAUGUAGCUGCCUGGCAGGAGUUUCUUGUAUGCGUCUCCACUGCCAUGUAAAUCACCACCAAGGGCAUCUAAACCCAAACCUGGAUCUGUGUUAGACUCUGUGAUGCUGAUUUCAAACACGUUUUGGAAAACUCCGGACUCAAUUCCUGAUCUUAGUGCUGCUGACCAAGUACACUGAAGUUGACAUCAGGUUGUGAAGUGACGUCAGAGAGAGGUGCAAGAGAAGUCCUGUAACCAACUGCAGAGCUGGGACCUGUGAUAGGGGAGUGUGUGCUGAUAGGGCUGCCUGCAGUGUGUGAUAUGAUGUGCUGUCUGGUGUUGGGCUCUGUAAGGGCUGCUGGGUUAAGGGGAUCGUCUAGUCUUUGCGGCAGUGAGCAGCAUGAGGGCAGUGUGUGAGUAUCAGACCGCAUGGUGGCCUUGGUGACAAGCCCCUGGUGGUGGCGGUGGACUUUGUCCAGCAGAGGCUUCCAGCAGCACAGGACUCUGUGUGGCUGCAGGUUACUGCAGGAAAUAGGUUGGAAUAGGGGGGGCUUCCUGCUGUUUGUGUUGUGAGGGUUGGAGAUUGAAAUACUGACAGAUCCCUAACCGAGGGAGCUGCCUCUCCCACUCCAGCCUUUGUCAACAGGGAGACAGAUAAGAACAGCUUUGAUUUUUUUCGUUAUAUUUAAACUAUUAUGAUUCUUUUGUUUGCAAGCAUCUCCAAACAGCACGGGACUGACACUCCAUCCUGCAGGCAUGGCUGUAAGCACUCCCAUGGCCAGGUUGGGAACACCACAUCCACAGCCCCGGUGUGUGAGGCCCUCUUUCACCUCCGCUUUGUUCCACUCAGGACCUGAAUAAUGCAGGGCUGUAAGUUGAUCCUGAACACCUCUCAUGUUUCCCCACAGGGCUCAGAGAGGCUGAGCCUGCAGCUGCAUCGCUGUGCUGUGUGCUGGGAUCCAUGGUGGGGCUGCUGGCUCCCCUCAGGCCUGGCCUGGCUCUCCACAGUGGUGUCCCACAGUCCAAAGUGCAGUGAGGAUAAAGCCGGGCUGCAGGCUCUUGUGUUUGGAUGUUGCACAUUGAGCCUAAGCAGCCUUUGGGCUUCAUGGCAUCGUUGUGUUUGGAUAAAGACCUCUGAGAACCCCAAGUCCAACCCCGCUGUGCCUACUGCCCACAUCCCUCACUGCCAUAUCUUAGAGGCUCUGAGCACAUCUGGGGAUGGUGACCCCACCUCCCUGAGCAGCUGUGCCAAUGCAUCACUGCUCUUUCAUAGAAGAACUUGUUCCUAGUCUGUAAUAUCAUCAAGCACAGGGAUAGGGUUGGACUGGGAAGGGCUGUCAGACAGCCACCCCUACAGCACUCCCCAUGCAAACCCAGGCCCCGUUCCCCACUUCCUCCUGCGGGGCAGGAAGCACUGAGCCCCGGUUCCUUCCUGUACCAUGACGGGGCUGCAGAGAGGAGAGCUGAGCCGCGUCCUGCACCUCGUGGCUGAGCAGCCCUGGGCUGAGAAGCAGAGCCUGGCUGAAGGUAAGGAGCACCGCGGCAGUGUAAGUGGAAUAGGAAUGUGCUUUGGCUGAAUAGGGCAGGUGGGGAGGGCAAGGACUUCUUCAUGGUUCAGAAAUGGGCCAUGUGUACCAGGGCUGUACCUUGUGCUGCCCCACGCUUUGGGCAGGCAUGAAAAUGUGGGAUAUGGGGAUCCAGGUGCCACCAGCUCUGCCUGGCCAAGAUUUGGCUGCAGCUCAGCAGCCGUGUGGCUCCCGGCCACUAACAGGACCAGAAAAGCAGCACAGCUCUGUGUCCUGUGCUCCUGACCUUGCACUCAGCAUGAUCCCCCAUCACUGCCACCUGUGAGCAGGUCUGCAAAGCAGUUUAUGGUGUGAGAGCCCUAAGGGUCCUCCUAUGGGAAUCCCCAUCCUUGGGAAGGCCAAAGGAGCCCAUUCCCAGCUGCUGGCUUACCCUGCCUGCAGACGCUCCUCCUCUGCAGGAGGCAGGUGAGGCCGGGGUGGGGCUUUGAGAGCCAGAUAUCGGGAGCCCAGCAGGGACGCUGCCAGGGCCCAGCACCCCACGAGCCCACAGCUGCCCCACGCACCUGUGGAGGGGAAAUGAAGUUAUCCCCAGUAAUGUGAUGCAGCUGAGAUCAGCUAAGAAACCCAAGCUCCCAAGGACCAAGCUCAAGAGAACGGGGCAUAAGAAGCACCCUUCAUGGAUAUCAGAAACCACUCUGAAGAGCUCCUACAAGCCUGGCUGGAGCAGAUGUGAUCCAUCACACCCAGGACAAAGGGCGAGCUCAGAGCAGCUCCAUCUGAUUUGAUUGUUUAUCUGAGUGAUGAACGUGAGGUCAGCUCAGCCAGGAUAGCAACAUUAAGGUGUUAAUGCCAACCAGAAAAUGGAUUUUCUUCUUAAAACAGUCAGCUUUCUGCUUGUAUUUCCCCAUCGGUGCUGAAUGAGGCUUAGCUUUCCCCAGCAGUUGAUGUAUUUAGUAGUCCUGGGCAGCUCUCAGUUCUCACUGUGCUGUGUCUCCACAUGUGGAUCAUAGAUGCCUUUGGCUGAACACGGAGUGAGUUGGGAUGCACGUGCUGGAGCUGCCCUGCAGGGCUGGCUGCUCACCUGCACUCUGCUUUUCCUCUUCUAGGGCAGAUCUAGUUGCAUUAAUAAUGGAAAAACCCCAGGUAAACUCAGCAGCCUUUGAGCCUUGUGCCACACCUCUGCUGCAAGGAGAAAUAUCUCAAGGGCACCAAUAUCUCUGUGAAGGGCUCUCAGCAGGUCACCUGGUGCUAUGCGGUGCUCCCUGAAGCGCUCCCUCACGGCUGUGUUUGUAGCCUCCUUCCUCCUUGUUCUCCUCCUCCUCUUCCUCCUGCGCAGGGACAGCUGGCAGCAGCAGGAUCCCCAGGAGGUGGACUUUAGGGAUCUACCUUUAGACACGAUCUUGAAGCAAGGAGCCCUGCACAACCUCCAGGACACGGACAACCUCUCCAUACUCAACAACAUCUCCUACCACCUCCUUGCUGGUUUCCCAUCAUCCCACAAAAAGUUCUUGGCGGUGGGGCUGUCAUCAGUGCGACGACCACGUGGUUAUUACCUCCCAGAGACUCUGCAGUCCCUCUUCAAGCAGUCAUCAGAGGAGGAGCUGCAGGAGAUGGUGGUGGUGGUGCACCUGGCCGAUGCAGACCCCAGAUGGAACGCCCAGGUGGCUGCUGACAUCAGCAACAGGUUUGCUCACCACAUCCUCCUGGGCCGGCUCGUGCUUAUCCAUGCUCCCCGUGAGUUUUACCCAACUCUGGAAGGCCUCAAGAGAAACUACAACGACCCAGAGGCGCGAGUGAAGUUCAGGUCCAAGCAGAAUGUGGAUUACGCCUUCCUUGUCACCUUUGCUGCCAACCUCUCCUCUUACUACUUGAUGAUUGAGGAUGACGUGUUGUCUGCCAAGUCCUUCUUCACUGCUAUCCGCAAAGCUGUAGCCUCCCAGGAAGGCUCCAACUGGGCCACCCUUGAGUUCUCCAAGCUGGGCUACAUCGGUAAGCUCUACCGCUCCAGUGACCUGCCUCGCUUGGCUCACUUCCUCCUCCUCUUCUACCAGGAGAUGCCCUGUGACUGGCUGCUGGACCACUUCCGCCUCCUGCUCACCCAGAAAGACGUGAUCCGCUUCAAGCCCUCCCUCUUCCAGCACAUGGGCCUCUACUCCUCCUUCCAAGGUACCAUCAACCGUCUGGAGGAUGAUGAGUUCCAAGCUGAUGCCAUGGACCUUCCAGACAACCCACCAGCAGCCGUGUUCACCAGCAUGCUUGUCUUUGAGAACUAUGAGCCCUCUAAGGCUUACAGCACAGCAACGGGGUAUUUCUGGGGCAAAAACCCAACAGUUGGCAGCAUCUUCUCCGUUGUCUUCCACCAACCAGCCCGUGUCAGCCGUGUCCGGGUGCAGACAGGAUCCAAUGAGCGCCGUGGGGACUUCCUGCGUGCAGGGGUUCUGGAGCUGGGCCGGGGACGGCGGGCUGAUGGCCGGGACUGCUCUGUGUACACCACUGUGGGCUCCUUUGAGAAAGGGAACUUAGAGCGGAGGGGGCUGGAGAAGGAAGCACCCAACCCUGUGGACUGCGUGAGGAUCCGGGUGACCCAGAGCCAAAGUGAAUGGCUCAUCAUCCAGAGCAUCGAUAUCUGGACUGCAGGCACCUGACCAGGGCUGUGAUGGGUCACCACAGCGGUUGGAUUUUGCUCUAAGGAGAGCUUUAUUUCUCUCAGUCCCUUUUUUGACGGGGAAUUAAAUUAUUCAGUCCAACUGA